AUGCACCGAUUGUCCUCUUUGUUUUUCAUAUUUCCCAUUGUUCUGCUCAUAAAAAACCUCAGUCGUGAUCCGUUUUAUAACUUUUAUGGAUUUGCUGAAGAAAUACCUAGAAUCCAACAAACGUCUGCACCUCUCAAAGGAGGAACUAUCAAAGGUUACCAGAGGCUCUUCACAGAUGCCUCACAGCGGCCUUACAGAGCCUCUACAACAGCAGCAGAGAAGGCCACUUUGUCGAAUACUGCCAUUCCCCUGGGAUCGCCAGAAGUCGCUGUAGAUAGAGGAAAUGCAGAACUUAUUAAAGUCUCCGAGCAACUACUCUCAAGUCACUUUAUGAUCACAAAUGGAACAGUCCCACCCAAAUCGCAGUUCUUAGCAGCUGGCUUCAAUCCUGUAAGUUUGAAGGAGAGAAAACGAUUAGGUGAGAAAAUCUACAUUGUCUGUAUUCUUCUGUUGGUUGUCAUUGUAAUGACAGGAAGUUUGACAUUGAUAUUCAUCGUACGAGUGACAUUGUUGGCGCGGAAAAUGUUCAAGUCUCGCGAAAUUGCAUGUCGCUACCAACUGACUGCUGACAAUUUAAGAACAGUGGAUGAGGUUAUUGACCAAUUUAAGACUAGCUUCCGAAUGACUGUAAGUAAACAAGCCGAAACACUGAAUAUCUCCGGCAUUCAUAAGUAG